ACAUAUAAUUGCUGAAAACACCUCACCAGAUUUUACUCCUGUACUUAAAAAGAUGAAACACCGAAUUUUCAAUUCAUUGUUCGAUCAUUGGGACGCUCCAAGUGAUAUUGGUUUAUUGGCGACUAUUUUGAAUCCACGUUUAAAAAGCUUGAUCUCAUUACCUAUUGAUUUUGAAGAAAAAUCACAGGAAGUAUUAAAGAAUGAGUACAAUAAGCUGGUGGCAACAUUACAACCAGAACAAACAACACAUAUGAUGCCAGCUCACCAAUCACGAAAUAAUGGAUCAAGCAACGCAUUUUUUGCAGCAAUUUUUCAACUCCCUCAAGAAUCACAAAGUGUGCGUGAAGAAGUCUACACAUAUAUGGACAAUAUUGUCACGCCACAAGCUACACCAGAUAUCAAUCCUUGGGAAUGGUGGGCAGAACACAAAAAAAAGUUUCCCAUGUUAGCAAUCAUAGUCCGCAAAUAUUUGAGUAUUCCUGCGAUCUCUGUUCCCUCGGAACGAUUAUUUAGUGAUGCGGGAAAUCAUUAUAGUCCAAAAAGAUCACGUCUUUCUUCUAGUGUG